ACGACACAACUGAUAUCUGUAUUAUUAGCAAAACGUUUGAGGAACAUUUGAUAAAUCUCCAGGGAGUAUUUGAUGCAUUGCGACAGCAUGGAUUACGAGUUAAAGCUAAGAAAUGUGCUUUCGCAAUGAAAGAAGUGAAAUUUCUUGGACACAAAGUUUGCAACAAGGGUGUGCAGCCAGAGGAACAUAAAGUAAAGGCAAUUCGUGCAUGGGUUGCACCAACUUGUCUUAAAGAGGUGCAAAUGUUUCUGGGUGCAGUUGGGUGGUAUCGGAAGUUUAUCAAGGAUUUUAGUACAAUUGCUCGACCAUUAACAUGGCUUUUGGAGAAAGAUGUCACAUUCACUUGGGGUAAGGAGCAAGAUGAUGCAUUCAAUACACUAAGACAUGAGUUGGUUAAAGCUCCAGUAUUAGCCCAUCCUGACCCCACUCGACCCUUUGUUGUUACCACGGAUGCAAGUAAAGUGGGUGUGGGUGGUGAACUAUCACAAGAAGAUGCACAAGGACAAUUACAUCCAGUUGCAUAUUUCAGUCGUGCAUUGACCAAACGAGAACGUUCAUAUCCAACUUAUGACAGAGAAGUGAUGGCUAUGCGAGACACGCUUAAGCAUUUUCGGUAUUAUCUGUUAGGAGCACAAGUAGUGAUGAGGACCGACCACAAACCUCUUCUAAAGAUCCUGGAACAGAAAGAUCCAUUUGGACGAAGAGUGACAUUGAUGAGAGAUAUAGCAGAAUUCGAACCACGCAUAGAGUUUAUUCGAGGGCAGGAUAAUCACAUGGCAGAUGCUCUUAGUCGGAUCGGAUGGAAUGUCAAGUGGGAAGAGAGAGAUGAGGAUACUAGUAAAGUGGCUACUAUUGGUGGCUCUCAAGACGAGAUUGGUCCAUGCAAGGAUGUAAGUUUGGACAUAAAUGAUUUCCAAUUGCAGCAAGAACGUGACCCAACCCUUAAGCCACACAUUUCCAUUCACCGAAACGAACAUGGUUUAUUCACACGAGAUCAUAAGAAGCAAGUGUUACUUUCAGCAUCGCUUGUUCCCACCAUAUUAUCAUUAGCUCAUGACGAAACAGGGCACCAAGGAGCAGAUAAAAUGCUUGCAAGAAUUGAACCUCAUUAUUGGUGGCCAAAGAUGAAAGCAGAAGUAGAGAACUAUGCAAAAACGUACCAACGCUCUGCUGCUACUCUUGCCCAGGGACAUAGAAAAGCACCCAUUCAUCAACGACCAAAAGAAGAGAAACUAUUUGCGUUGAUAGAAGUAAAUCUCAAGGGUCCAUUCCUAGAACGAAAGAGGGAUUUGACAAUAUUGUUGUGA